AUGUUUGACGGACUGGGAGAGCCGACCAAGGCCGAAUCUGGGAUUCGUGCAAUAGAUCGUAUCUUCGCAAUUUUGGGAUGCAAUGAUCAAAAACGAAUGCGUUGUGUGACCCAUCAACUAACCAAGGCAGCUGACUUUUGGUGGGAUACUAGAACAAAGACCAUGACACGAGACCAAGUAGAAGCAAUGACAUGGGAAGGUUUCAAGACUGAAAUAUACAACAAGUAUGUGCCGAAGAGCUACCGGAAAGCAAAGGCAUCCGAGUUCCACAAUCUGACUCAAGGACGCAUGACCGUGACCGAUUACGAUCGAGCGCUCAAUAGCAUGACCCGGUACGCCCCUGAUCAAGUCGAUACUGACGAGAAGCUGUCUGACAUGUUCCGUGAGGGACUAAUGUCCCGAGAUAAAGAUGUCGUUGGCCAGUCGAGGGAGACUCUCCUACGCUGA